AUGACAACGAUGUUCGUCCAACUGCGCCAUGUGGUGUACCUGUUGGUACUCCUGGAAUGUUGUGUGUGCAUGGUCCGCGCGACAGAUGAUGCCAACCAGGGAAAGGCAGGAGGGGUUGAUGCCGUGACCGGUGAGGAAGUAUUCAUUGACCGAGAGGAGGCGUUGAGGAGGUUGUCAAAGAUCCCCAAUUACGACUACGAUGAUAUCAAGAACGAUGGGAGUCUGAGUGACCUUUAUUCGGAGUUUUGGAUGGCAGUAUGGAAGGUGCAGUUGGCGCUCAAAGAUGCCAACGCUCGUUUUGCUAACGGAACGACCUGUAUCUCCCAAUGGGGUGACGUUAUUAAGGCUAAUAAUAAAAUGGUUGAGGAUGCCGAGGGGGCCACCGAAAAAAUUACGAAUCUAACCAGGGAUAUUGGGGACGUUGUGACGAAAAAAGAGGGUGGGAAAACAGUACGGCUUCCCGCUGGUAACGUCGACAAGAGCAAGUUCGACGGACUGGUUCAAGAGGCGAUAAAGGUUCUAGAGGAGACAAAAGAGAAGGUACCCAAAGAGGAUGCGAUGAAAAAACUUGACGAGGCGGAGCAGGCAAGGCUCAUGUGUACGGGCAUCCGUAGAGAAGUAGACUAUACUUUGGAGUCUCUUAAGAAAGGUCUUGAAUAUUACGACAAUUUUGGGGUAAAUUAUUCUGCGAAUAAAAAGGCAAUGGAAGUGAAGAAAGUCGGGGAGGAUGUUCGUGACGUUUUGCAGAAUAUCACACAUCUGCUUGGUAAAGUGACGGUUCAAGGCAGAUUUUCAGUGGGGGAAGCCAAAAAGCGGAUAGAGGCUUGGAGAAAGGCAUACGCAGAUCUAGAGCUGGUCGGGGGUAUGGAAGAGGCGACGGAAAAGAAGGAGGAACUACAAAAAAUAAAAGACAAGAUCGAGGUCCCGAAGAAGGACCUCGGUUACAUCACUGACAAAACGAAUGCAACCACGGCAAAAAGAGGAAACAAGACGAUCAAGGAUGUCGAUAAAAGAAUAAAAGAUGCGAACGCAGACGAACUCCAACGUAUGGAGGUGGAAAAGAAAAGGAUCGCCGAGGACGACAGGAGGAGGGUCGAGCAAGAGAGGCUGGAACGGGAGAUGGAGGAACGAAGGAGACAGGAGGAAGAACGGCAAGGAAAGGCGGAAGCCGCAGCAGCAGAGGCGCGAAGGGUAAAAGAUGAACAGGAGAGAAAGAAAAGGGAGGAACAGGCCAAGAAGGAAAGAGACGAACAAGCCAAGGAGGAAAAAGCGAAAAGGGUUGCAGAAGAAAAAGCGAGACAGGUGGCAGAAGAGGCCAAAAAAAAGAAGAAAGACGGCAGCAGCAGUCCUGAAUUGGUGCACGGUCCCUUUUUGCUUAUUGUUUUAAUGUGUGUAUUGGGUAGCACUGCCGUGUGCUGA